GAGCCUAUCCUUGAAUUUCCUGACAAAAAGCAUAAUUGUCAAGGACUUCUGUGUAUUUUUGGACGGCUUCUAAAGAUUGAUAAUUAUCAAUGUAUCCAAAAUCAACAUGAAAAUUCGAAGAAAUCUCUUUCCCAAAACCAGUUUACCCUGACAACGUACCCACCUGCUUUAUCAAGCAUUCCAACAUUGCAAACAUCGCCUAAUUACAUGUGCCACUACAAUGGAAAAUGGUAUAUGCCAGGAGAGAUGAUUGAGCAAGGACAAAGCGGAAACUGGUGUUACUUUACACAGUGUUCUGACACUGGUCACGUGAUUUCUGGUGACAAUUUCAACUGUGGAACGACCUACCCAACGACUAUUCCACCCACCACAACACCAUUUCUUACCACUACUCCAGCCAUAACCACCACAACCACGUCAUUAGUCAUUACCCCCAUGUACUGCUUUUUUAAAGAUCCAACUACCCAACAAAUGGUUGUUUGGCGCGGAGGAACUACAGAUAAAUUAAGUGAUGGUACCGUUUGUAGAUGUGAAUACUGGGGGAGACUCUCUUGUCCUGAAAAUAAUGUUGGAAAAUGAAGUGAAUGAAUUUCUUUAAUUAAAUCUUAAGACAUGGUCUUUAUU